AUGCCAAGUCUGGCGUUUAACCAGCUCCUGGACACUAACGUUGCCCAGCUGUACAGCGCGGCCACCGCCCAGAAACCUGACGGAAACCUGGUAGUGUCUCCUUUGUCAAUCCUGUACGCCAGUGCACUGAUAUACAUCGGUUCAUCCGGAUCCACCAAAUCCAAUUUAGACAAGAGUUUCCAUUUCGACCAGUACUUCAACAGCAGUGCCGACUCCGUACUCUCCGCAUUCUCCAAGGCCAUGCCAAACCUGACAAUGUCCAACCCUCCAAAACCGAAACCCAGCAAACCGAAGGUGCAGAAUGGCGCGAUGGAAAUCGAAUUAGAACCACCCGUAAUGUUCCUGUCCACCGACCGCGACGAACCAUUUAUCCUCAAUCUAGCCAAUGUCAUUUUCGUCAAGCAGGACGCACCACUGAUGGAGAAGUUUAGGAACAGUGCAGUUAAUCAACUACAAUCGGAAGUGACGACGAAAGACUUCCAAAGCAAUCCCGAAAAAGCCCGCGGCGAAAUCAACACCUGGGUGUCAGAUAUGACCAAUGGGCGGAUCAAAGACCUGCUGCCGCAAAGUGCUGUCUCAGCGGCUACCGUUGCGGUGCUGGCCAACGCCCUGUAUUUCAAGGCAAGCUGGGAAUCAUCGCUGAAAUUCAACCCUCGAAAUACGGAGAAGCGAGACUUUACCCCGCUAAACGGACAGACCAUCCAAGUGGAUACCAUGUCGAAUUUUCUUCACAAUCUGGCGUAUGCGGAGGAUGGUGACCUGGACUCCAAAUAUAUCGAAUAUACCUACACUGACAACCAAGGCGCGAUGCUCUUUAUUCUCCCCAACAAGAAAGAUGGACUGCGCACCUUGGAAAAAAAAUUAACGGCGAAUGUUUUCGGUAAUCUGAAGAAAAAAGUCAAGGGAGAACGAGUUAGCGUGCAAAUUCCCAAGUUUAAAGUAGAAGCGGAUUUGAAUCUGAAGUCUAUGCUGCAAAAGAUUGGCGUGAAGGACGCUUUCGACAAGAGUAGUGCUGAUUUCUCCAACAUGACACCACAGAAGCCGGUUUGGAUUGGCGAUGCUUUCCAUAAAACAUUUGUUGAAAUCGACGAGAAAGGCACAGAAGCUGCCGCUGCCAGCGCCUUCGUAAUGUGGGUUGGAGCAUCUCGAUUUGCUCCCAAACAAGCGUCGCCCAAAGAAUUCAUCGCUGACCACCCCUUCAUCUUUGCCAUUCGCCACAAUCCAACCAACGCCAUACUUUUCAUUGGCCGUGUUGAGAAAUUGUAAACUGGUUGUGGGGCCCGAUGUAUAACCGAAAGUAUUACUACCUUGACUUUGCUUAACGUAUUACAUCAAGAUAAUGCUGAUUGUGAGUAGUAAGUACAUAACAACUCGCUACUUUACAU